UCCUUUCUUAUCUCCAGCGCUUAACCAUAUACGCGAAUCCAGCAGCUAUAGCGUCAAGCAGCAAAGCAAGCAAUAGACGACGAGCCCACCUUGCCGUCCAUGGGUCAAUGCGCCAUGUCUCACACGCGCUCUACCACCGCCGGCGCCGCCGGCGGUAAGCCGCCGAUCGCGCCGCCGCCGACGUCCUCCGCCUCCGCCAUUGUCGCCGACACGGCCAGCGGGUACCACCUCUUCAAGAUCAACGACUACUCGCGUACCAGGGACAUCUUCCCCACCGGCAGUGCCCUCAAGUCCCGCGCGUUCACCAUUGGCGGCCACCAAUGGCGCAUCCAUUACUACCCCAACGGCAACACGGAGGAGUGCGGCGAGUACAUCUCCCUGUUUCUUCAUCUCGACGAGAUUGUCACCGACAAGAACGUGUACGCGCAGCACGGGUUCCGUUUAUUCGACGAGUUUGCCGGUGAUAAUGAUGACGAUGAUGAACUGCAGCCUUCCUCCAUCGCUGACCUCGGGCAGGUCAGUACCUUUGGUGGCAACAACAUUGGGUUGGGACGACUGAGGUUUAUCAAAAGGGAAGAGUUGGAGAAAUCGAAGUAUCUGAAGAACGACUCCUUCACCGUCAGAUGCGAUGUCGUCGUCACCAAGCGGAUCCGCUCGGAGGAGACGCCAUUGGUGGUGAGGACCUCUCCAAAGCCAAAGGUGGCGAGGCUCGUCACCGUGCCGCCGUCCGAUCUGCACCGGCAUCUUCAGGACCUCCUCUGCGCCGAGAAGGGCGCCGACGUGGUGUUCGAGGCCGGUGGCGAGACUUUUACCGCUCACCGGUGCGUGCUCGCGGCCCGGUCACCGGUCUUCAGCGCGGAGCUGUUUGGAUCAAUGAAGGAGAGCGACACCACGGUGGUCAUCCGCAUCGACGACAUGGAGGCACAAGUGUUUAGGGCCUUGCUCUUCUUCGUGUACACCGACUCGUUGCCGGAGACGAAGAAGGAGGACGAGUAUGCCAUGUGCCAGCAUCUACUCGUCGCGGCGGACAGGUACAACAUGGAGAGGCUCAAGCUAAUGUGCGAGGAGAGGCUAUGCAGCUACAUCGGUGUGGGCACGGUGACGACUAUACUGGAGUUGGCCGAGCAACACAAUUGUGAUGGCCUAAAGAAAGCAUGCUUUGAUUUUCUCAGCUCUCAGGAGAAUCUGAAAGCUGUCACGGCCGGUGAGGGAUUGGAGCAUUUGAGCAGGAACUGCCCUUCCCUUGUGAAUGAGUUGAUUGGCACGCUCGGCAACUUAAUUCAGUGA